AUGACGUUUCAAAUCUUCGUCGGCGGUCAGCGCGUGAACAGCGACCACAUCACGUCCACGCCGGCGUGGGCGGACGCGCAGGGUAAAUCGAGGAAACGCGACGCGUUCGAGGGAGACGCGCUCGACGACGAGCUCGCGCGCGCGAACGCGCACGCGGGCAAGCGCGCGUUCGUCUCGCCUCAGGGCGGCGUCCAAGGCGAUCUGAUGGUCGCGGGAGGGGAGAACCCGGGAGGUCGUCAACAGCGGGGGCAUCAUCUUCACGUCUUCCAGCGGCCGACAAGGCCGCUCGGAGAGCUCGGGUGCCAGGUGUUCGUGACGCCGCAACAGGGAGGGUACGACCACCCGUGGUAG